GUCGUCUCCAGCAGUGAUCAGCUUUCAUUCCAACUGCUGUGGGGCAGCCUAACGUUUGAGACGUGCUCUAUUUAUGUAUUCUGCCUCAAAUCAAUCUUUUUUCACUGUGUCUAGUGGUCCUAACUUUCAAGCUCUUCUCAACUCGGAAGGAUUCCAGGAUGUCUCAAGGAUGGCUCGAACGUGACGGAGACCUCUCAGUACUUGCUGAGACUGAUCUAAAUCGCUCCGUGGACUCUGGCUUUGUCGACAUUACCAUGGGAUCUCCAGCAUCAAUCCCUACACCGAGUACCAGACGAAACCGGAUGUCUACUCACGAUCGGAUCAACAGCGCACUCCAAACACUGCGGGAUGGUCGCAUAUCUAUCCUAGACUUCCUCGUCACAAUACUGGACCCUGCUGAUGCAUCUUAUGCGACUUAUCGUGACCGUUUUUAUGUUCCUUCUGUGACGGAGAAGAAUUUGGGUACGGGGAGGUUGGAAAAAGUGCUAGACUUUCUGUGGGAGGAUCCGCGAAGUCAGGCCCGUGUCCUCGAGUGGAUGCGUCCGCAUGCCCUCUCAUAUGUCUGUGAUGCUGUGUACGGUGAAAUGGACCAGGUCAAACAGUGCCUCCAUGUCAAGCUCAAUACCAUUACUCCUGAACUCCUCCUUGCCUGCAAUGUCGAAACAACUCUUUCCUCUGUCGUACACGAACAUGCACCUGUACUUUGCGAAAUUAUUGCAAGCGCUGCUCAAACCGCACGUGCAAAGGCGAAGAAUAAAGUUAAAGAUUGUGGUAUUGCCUGCAAUGUUAUUAUCACACAACUUGCGGUACAGCGCUCAUACCACAGUAUUUUGUUUUCUGCACCAUUCACGCUCUUUCUUUGGACGAAUGGUGCCUCACGUCAAACUAUUGAAGCAUUUCAUAAGUGUGGCCUGUGUAUAUCAUUCACUUCGCUCCUCAAACUUCUCGAAAUCCUCGCUGAUCAAUGCAUCGAACGAGCACGCAGGAUUGCGAGAGGACCACAUGUCAUGUGCUACGAUAAUAUCAAUAUCAGCACGUCAAUUUUCGUUGAACAACGUGCAUCUGGGCCGGCCAAGGUCCAAUCAGGAACUUUUGCCAUCCUUUAUGAGGUUCGAAAUGGUAACCCUGCUCAUAUGCGCCUUUCCCCCAUCCUUCAACGAGCACAAGCAGCUACUGAUUUGAUGUUCAAUGCUAAUAUACGCCCAACCCGCGAUCAGAUAGCAUCACAUCAUGCACAACUUCAGGUGCAUAUCGUCAACAUCUUGCUCGAGCACUGCACGAACUUCAAGGGCUUUACGAGAUUACAACACCAUGAACGCCGAAAGCUUCCGGCAGGCUAUCGUACAAAGCAAUACCCUCUCCGCACGUCAACUAUAGAUGAAAGCUCGAUUUCGGGGAACAUAGCUGUUGUAAACGAUGUCUAUAUCAAUCAGUUGAAGAUGAGCCAUGAAGAGCUCUUGGAUCGUGCGAUUCCGAGUUUCAAUGACCAGUCAACCAAUGCUCGCAUUCGUGGCGCGAAGGCUCUUCGAACUCAGGACAUCAAUCCAUUUACGCAACUUCAGACUAUUCAACUUGGAUUCGGGCUGUUCCACCUCUGUUUGAACCUUGUCUGGGCACUUCUUCAUGUUCAUCGUGGAUCCAUACAUCAACUUGGCAGUCUUUCGUACUUUUUUGCUCUUCUUGAUCGCACUCGACUUGGCUGCGAGCACCCCGACUAUCAUACUCUCUUAUCCACCCUACUGCAAAUUCUUCACGGCAUAAUUUUGAACAGCUGGAAGGUUGAAUGCGGUUACGACUCUCUGGCGGCUUUUGCAUCAUCGAAACCAACUACAGAUGAUCUGCUGAACAUUUCGAAUACGAUUCUUUCAAAUUACGCAACACCUGCUUACGAGUCUUCGAAGAAGAAGAAACAGUCUGCCUUUCCCUUGGAAGAUCCUGAACUCGAUGAUGUGGCCCAUCGGAAUCUUCGGCUGUUAACACGAGACCUGCUCUAUGUGCUGGAGUUGGUUACUGCAAUUUCAGACGGUGAUUGGGGUCGAGUCGAGGACAUUCUGGGUAGCUUGGCAAUGAUAUUUCGUGGUGCAGGCUCCAACAAUUAUUGCACCGAAAUCCUGCACUUCCUCUUCAACCUGAAAAAGGUUUGGACCGCCGAAUUUGCGAAUAUCAUGCGUGAUAAUGCACUUGUUAACUUCAGCGGUCUUGACGGUCACAGCAUGCCUAUUGACUUGAAUAUCGAGCACUGCAUAAAGUUUCUGAAGCAAUUCUUCGCAGCAAAGGGUGUUUAUGCAACAUGGGAUCGUCUUGGAGACAUCUCUGCGACCGUCGAUCUUCUUCAAAAUGUCAAAAAACAAGUUGGACAUGCGCUGGGAAUUGCUUAUCAUGGUCUCACUCAUAUAUCCCCGGAUACUUCAGCAUCAGUGUGGAAGGUAGCAAAGAAGAUAGACGAGCUCAGACUUCAUCAGUUCACCUCCGAACGAAUGGACGAUGAUGUGGUACGACCAGUGACUGAUGCUCUCAUGACAGGCGAGAAGAAAAUGAAGGCAUCAACCUUAACGACAUUCAACUGAAAGGUUCGCAACAUGUUGGCAGGAGAGGGUUUUGAGCAAGAUGAAGAUGAAAUUCCUCGACCUUCAUUCGAUUUGAG